AUGGCGACCUCCAUAGUAAAUCUCGCUGGUACGCAGACAAUCGCUGGUGUGCCCGUGGAGUUCGGACAACCAGUUCAUGUAAACACGAAGAAACAGCUCCAGCGUCAAAUCAAUUCUAUUGUCGGAUGGAACGAUUUGGAUCGCACGCCGAUGAACGUGGCGCAGACAAUGUUGCGUGGCAAUGAGCACCAAAUGGGCGAACACCCGUAUUUUGUAUGUGAAAAGUCGGUGGGUGUUCGGUACUUGGUGCUGCUGGUACAGGGUCGCUGCUACCUCAUUUCACAGAAUUAUGAGUUUCGAGAGGUCGUGCUGUUCUGUCCCGUACGCCCUGACCGACUGCAGCCCGGUGUCGACCGGAAUACUGUGGUUCCUCAUCAAUGGACUAUUCUGGACGGACUUAUGGUGUGUGAUAAAGAUGGUAGCAAACCGGUGCUUACGCUGCUUCUGUACGACAUCUUGGCACUCAAUGGCAGUCCGGUGAUGACCUCCAAGCUGCAGGACAGACUCAAAUUGAUCCAGAAUGAUGUCGUGGGUCCACGUAAGCAGUUGCCGCCACCAAAAGGGCAGCCGCCUGACAUGUUUCAGCUUGUGCUGCAGUCCAUGUACCCCAUUAACCGUGUAGGGCACGUGAUUCGCAGUAUUCUGCCAAGAGUCUCGCAGACUAGACAGAACGCAGGACUUGUGUUCACACCAGUGCUGCUGCCGUACACGCCAGGAUAUUCUAAAGGACUGUACCAUUGGACACCAACGUCGGUGCUAUUUGCAGACUUUCAGCUUGGUGUGGAGUGGCGAGGACGCCCUCCAAAACCAGGUUUCAAGCUCGUGAUCCAUGAUAAGCGCACACAAGUCUUCCAUGACUGGAUCACACUCACACCAGAUGACUUUGAGGCGUUCCGACAGGAUAAGAAGGCUUCUUCUCGCAUUGUGGAGUGUGUAUAUGAUCCGGAGUGGCUCACGUUUAUCCCUUCCCAUGACAAAAGUACAUGGGAUUCUGGGAACACAGAGUUUAGCGCUACGGAGCGCGGUGUUGGAUGGAGAAAAGGUGGCUGGAAAUUUAUUCGGUGCCGUCCAGACCGCAGUAUGCCGCUUGAGCAUAACUUUCUUACGAUGAUUGAAAAAGCAGCUAGCGAGGAUAUUAAGCUUGAAGAGAUUGAGCAAUUUUUCCCCGAUGACGCAUCGAAAAAGUUGAUAUUGUCACAACAAAAAGGUCGUCACGAAACCCCAACGACGUCUGAUGACUUGGCUCCACCAAACAAGAAGAAACGUGGCGGCAGUGGAACAAGUGGGAGUCAAGGACCUGGUACAGGUGUGUGCUACGACUUUCAAAACAAGGGCGUGUGUCAACGCGGUCGAUUCUGCCACUUUUCACAUUGUGCCUGCAAUUCUACAUGCUCGUGCACACCGACCAAUAAUACUUAUGGUGAAAGACCAUUGUACAGAAGAAAUGACUACGAUGCCCCCCCAUCCCCAGAAGGCACGCCUGCGUCUGCGGCACCAGAUAAAUCACCUUUGCUGCGGCACAACGACUCAUUUGAGCGUGAUUCUACCUUGAAGACAGGAGGUGCCACGGGCGAGGAAGAAGAAGCGGGUGAACUCACAGACAAUAAUAAUUUGCACAUCAACAGCAUUUACGCACCCCUCGAAAACUUUGAUAAGGAGACGAUCGCUGCAAAGCGUGCGCAAUUGGCUGCUCUAGGAAAUCGUCGUAUAUGGGCAAGCCUCGGACUCGACGAUAAACCGCAACGCACGCGUGCUUGCGGGCUGGUCAUAUCAAAGACUGGCGAAAUGACGUAUGUCCGUCCGUUGGAGAAAUAA